AUGUCUUCUUCUCCGCUGUCCCCGGCUUCUCCUUCUCCUUCUGCUUCUGCUUCUGCUUCUGCUUCCACAUCUCAGAUCUCAUUCGGUCCUCUCUCUGACAACCCCUCCGCCUCUCAUCAUUUAAUAUAUUUCAUCACGGGGAAUCCAGGGCUCAUUGCCUACUACGACACCUUCCUGAGAACUUUGCACGAGCUUCUUCCUAAUAUUUCAACUUCUACCGCGUCUGCAAAUAACCGUGUAUUUCAUAUCUACGGCCAAUCCCUGGCCGGUUUCGAUGUAGACGAACAAAUCUCCGCCAAAUCCCCAUCCCCCCUUCGGGAAUCGCCAUACAGCCUUGAAGAUCAGAUCCGAAUACACCUGAAGGCCCUUGCGGAAUUCCGAAUCCAGUCGGGGCCUCGCCAAGGACAGCUCCACGAUAGUGUUAUUCUGAUCGGCCAUUCUGUCGGUUCCUACAUCCUUUUAGAGAUCAUCCAGCGGCUACGGCAACAUGAUUCUGCACCAAGAAUAAAAGCCGGGAUACUCCUAUUCCCCACGGUUACGCACAUCGCCAAAAGUCCUAGCGGAGUCAAAAUCAGCACCUUAUUCCGGAUCCCUAACUUCCCAAAAAGGAUAAGUACUUUGGUGAAAGCGCUGGUGUGGCUACUACCCAAAUCUUUCAUGGAGCGUGCGGUGGGCGGAAUUACAAGGAUGCCCGAUGAUGCUGCUAAAGUUACGACUGGGUUUUUGAGAAGUCGGAUGGGUGUUUGGCAGGCUCUACAGAUGGCUAAGGACGAGAUGGAAACCAUCACUGAGGAUCGAUGGGAUGAGGACAUCUGGGGCAUUGAACACGAAGAAGCCGAUUACAAAGCAGAGAUCCCGAAAUUGAUUUUCUACUUUGGCCAGAAUGAUCACUGGGUUGCGGAUCAUACUCGUGAUGCUCUGAUAGCUGCUAGGGCACAAACAGGUGGAUUAAGCAAGUCCUCAAAACCGAUCAUGCUCAUUGACGAGAAUGGAGUGGACCAUGGCUUCUGCAUUAGACAUAGUGAAAGCAUUGCCGAGAAAGUCAAGAUGUGGAUUGAUACUAUCCUAUCAGACUUAUAA